GACUGAAAUCAGUCGAUAACAUUCACUGUCUUCAGCAUUCACAAAUUCACAGUUUAGAAUAUUAGAUGUGUAUUGUCUACUAGUUACUAGUAGUAAACAUAUCCUUUUCAAUUGAAAAAUUUUGAUUUUACCACAUAGAACAAUAGAGUUAUAAUUAUCUUGUGUUUUGUAGUGCGAUGCUAUUAUUUCAAUAAACUGUAUAUAAUGACAAUUUUAUCGAGGAAGAAAUCGUUGCAGGAAAAAUCUGAAGAAACUACAGAUGCUCCAACUCAUCAUGGAGGUGCUCACCCUCAUGGUAUGGGUUCAUUACCAAACCAGCUUGCUGAUCGGAACCAGGAACGUUUGAGUUCACCGAAAUGUUGGCCGCGUGAGGAAAAGCGACAGCAGCACGUACCAUCAACCAACUUUGACGAUUACGACAAUUUGAGCAGCGGACCAAGCCACAGCAAGAGACACAGGUCCAGUCCACAUAGGACAACUCGUAGCUCAAAACUUCGUGAACGAGAGCGGGAAAGCAGCGCCACCGGAAAUAGUUCACCGAAAGCGGGAACGUCAGCUUCGUACGAGGACGAAAUGAAGCUGGAGGCGGCUGGUGGCUCUGGCUACAACAGUGGUGACGAAUACGACAAUAGAAUGCAGAUCAGUGAAACCGAGUGGCUUGAGAAGAAGCGUGGUUUUGAAAAGAAGAUACGCAAGAAAGGAUGGCUGAUCAAGCACAUGGAUGAGGACGGAGCAUGCCUGUUUCGUGCCAUUGCGGACCAGGUCUAUGGAGACCAGGAGAUGCAUGCAGUCGUUAGAAAGCACUGCAUGGAUUACAUUGCGUUGAACCGUGAUUUCUACUCACAGUACGUGACAGAAGAUUUUAAUCAUUAUCUAAACAGGAAACGCCAGGUCUCCACCCACGGGAAUCACAUUGAGAUCAAUGCAAUGAGUGAAAUGUACAACCGCAAUAUCGAAGUGUAUGGAUUUGGAAAAGAACCGAUGAAUACAUUCGGACAACAAACUGACAAUGAACCGAUCCGGUUGUCUUAUCAAAGUGGCCACUACAACAGCAUAGUGGACCCGCACAAGGCGACUGUCGGAGUGGGCCUCGGCUUACCCAGCUUCACUCCAGGUGCCGCUGACAGCAAUCUGCUCACCGAUGCCGUCAGGCAGAGUGAAGAAUCUCACAUCGAACAGACCAUGUUGGAAGACAAACUGCGAGCAACUGACUGGGAGGCCACAAAUGAAGCCAUUGAAGAGCAGGUGGCGCGAGAUAGCUAUGUUCAAUGGAUCAAAGAUAAUGAAAGAAAGAACAAGGCAAUGACUUCGUCGUCGACCUCAACUGCUUGUUGCACAUCUACCACAGGAGGGGGUUCCUCUCCCCCUCCUCCUCCCACCACCUCCAGUCCAAAACGACAGUCCGAGGAGGCCUCAGGCUCAAACUUUGAGGUGCAAGAAACUGCUUCUUUUCUGAAUAUCUUGCCACCUAAAUACCUAGGUAAGCUGGUCUUAUUUACCCACCACUAUCUUUUCUAUUAGAAUAAGUUUCAAUAG